GUGCAGGUCCUGUUGAUGUGGAUUCACAGGCAUUUGCAAAUAAACAUUCUGAUACGUACCACGUAUACAGCUCAAUCCCCGACAGACCAGCAACCUCAGCCCAGCCGGAUGGGUUGUACAGUCUGCAUACACACUGAAACUACACCUCUGGCUUUCUGUAUCUGUCUCACACAUCUCACACAAAUACAUUCUUUCUCACACGACAUCCUUUAUUAUCACUCAUCCAGUUACUGUAAAUAAGUUGGUUAACAGGUAAUAUUUCUACUGUAUUACACAUGGACAACUGAUUUCUGUUACAUGUCUAUCCAUAAUAUCUGUUACUGUGUUAAUAUUUCUAUUUUGGGGAUUUUGGAGGGGUCCGGGGCAUACUCCCCUUUGAGCAUUUUUCUUAUUUCUUCUCCCUAGUAAAGGCUAAAUCUACUGUAUUUAAGUAUAUUAUGUUGACUGUUUGAUACCUUCUUCCAUAACAGUUGGAUACAAUUAAUUUCCUAUUGGGCAAAACAUAAUCCAAAACACAACCAAAACAAACUGCAAAUGUAUACAAACUCAAGUUUGUUGAGUCACAAGCUUGAUGCAUUUAUUGGGUGCAAAGAAUAUAGGACCAAAAUACAUCAUGCUUGACUACUUUAAUACACUAUAAAUUAAUUUGUCCAAAUACUUAUGACUUCUUGAAUUGGGGGGACUAUAUACAUAAAGUGUUUUUUUUCUAAAUUGUAAAACAUACAAUACCUUCAGAAAGUAUUCACACCCCUUGACUUUUUCCAAAUGUUGUUAUGUUACAGCCUGAAUUUAAAAUGUAUGAAAUGUAGAUGUUUUUAUGUCCCUGGCCUACACACAAUACCACAUAAUGUCAAAGUGGAAUUAUGUAAAAGAAAAAAGAAAAAAAAGUGUCAAUAAGUAUUCAAAUACUUUGUUAUGGAAAUCCAAAAUAAGUUGAAUAAUACAUUGCAUGGACUCACUCUGUGUGCAAUAAUAGUGUUUAACAUGAUUUUUAAUGACUACCUCAUCUCUGUACCCCACACAUACAAUUAUCUGUAAAGUCGGUCAGUCGCGUAGUGAAUUUCAAGCACAGAUUCAACCAAAAAAAACAGGGAGGUUGUCUAAUGUCUCACAAAGAAGGAAACUAUUAUAAAGUACUAUAAAAUACUUUUAAAAAAAGCAGACAUUGAAUAUCCCUUUGAGCAAGGUGAAGUUAUUAAUUACACAUUGGAUGGUGUAUCAAUAUACCCACUCACAACAAAGAUACUGCCAUCAUUCCUAACUUAGUUGCCGGAGAGGAAAAAACCCACUCAGAGAUUUCACUAUGAGGCCAAUGGUGACUUUAAAACAGUUACAGAGUUUAAUGGCUGUGAUAGGAGAAAAGUGAGGAUGGAUCAACAACAUUGUAGUUAAUCUACCAAACUAACCUAAAUGACGGAGUGAAAAGAAGGAAACUUCUACCUGUUUACAGCAAAGGAACUAAAGUAAAACUGCAAAAACUGUGGCAAAGCAAUUCACUUUUUGUCCUGAAUACAAAAUGUUAUGUUUGGGGCAAAUAGGAUACAACACAUUACUGAGUACCAUUCUCCAUAUUUUCAUGCACAGUGGUGGCUGCAUCUUGUUAUGGGUAUACUUGUAAUCAUUAAGGGACUGGGGAGAUUUUCAGGAUAGAAAAUACAUAUAAUGGAGCUAAACACAGGCAAAGUACUAGAGGAAAACCUGGUCGAGUCUGCUUUCCACCAGACACUAGGAGAUGAAUUCACCUUUCAGCAGGAUAAUAACCUAAAACACAAGGCUAAAUAUACACUGGAGUUGCUUACCAAGAAUACAGUGAAUGUUCCUGAGUGGCAGAGUUACAGUUUUGACUGGAAUCUACUUGAAAAUCUAUGGCAAGACCUGAAAAUGGUUGUCUAGCAAUGAUCAACAACCAAUUGGACAGAGCUUGAAGAAAUUUGAUAAGAAUAAUGGGCGAAUGUUGCACAAUCCAGGUGUUGAAAGCUCUUAGAGACUUAGAGACGCAGAAAGACUCACAGCUGUAAUCGCUGCCAAAGGUGCUAAUACAAAGUAUUGACUCAGUGGUGUAAAGACUUAUCUAAAUGAAAUAUUUCUGUAUUUCAUUUUCAGAAAUGUAGCAAAAAAUUACAAAAAACAAGUUUUCACUUUGUCAUAAUGGGGUAUUGUGUGUAGAUUGGUGAGAUUGUUUAUUUAUUUAGUACAUUUUGAAUUCAGGCUGUAACAAAACAUAAUGUGUGAUAAGUCAAGGGGUUUGAGUACUUUAUGAAAAUACCCUCAAAUAAAGGGGAAAUUCUGUACUGUCGCCUUAUAUAAAACAUUGUAUCUUAAAUCUAAAAUACUGGAGUAUAGAGCCAUAUAUACAUUUUUUUAGCUUCACUGUCCAAAUGCAUAUGGAGGGGAGUGUAUGACCGAUAAAUGAUUCUGAUUGUUCAGAUACCCUUACCCCUGCAACAUUAGCUCACACUUGCUGUAUGAGACUUGUGUUAAGGUUUCUGCUCCUUGUGGUUUUGUAGUGAACAAGCUCCAUAUCUACUUCCCUAUUUAAACAAUCCUCUGACUCAGUCACACACCUUACUGUGAAGUCAGACUAACAGUAUGUAGCUGUCUGACAAAUGGCAUUGUUCAUCCCUGAUAUGGCUGGUCAUCUGUUCUUGGUCAUCCUCCUUUUUGAUACGUUCCAAUCCAUCAAAGCCCAAGAGACUCACUAUCCAUCGAUGCACAGUCAUCCUGCGCCUAUCACUAUUCUUGGUAAACUGCAGAAACCAGACAUUAGUGUCAAUGACGAAUCUUCUCAUGACAUCACUAUUGCCUGUGUACUUCCUGAGUCUGUCAGUGAUGGUCAUAGCUGUAACCUGUACACUGGAGACCAGCCUCAGGCCUACAAAGAGGCUUGGGUGAGGAGAUUUAACGCAGCAUCAUCCAAACUAUUCUGUACCUUCAGUGUUACUAAGAAUGAUCUGUUCAGGCAUCUGCAGUUGGAGAGAGAUGUGAGCUGUGACUAUAGAGUGAACACAGGAUCACACUCUCUGUCUCCCCGCAGUGAUAAAUACAUAAUUACAGGUCAGAAACCAAAUAUUACAGUCAGUCUGAAUGAGAACUUCAUCAUCACCUGUUUAAUUCCUGGCUCUGUCAGUAAUGACACCACCUGUAACCUGUAUGUUGGAGAGAAGAGUAAGUGUCUCAUAAGAGCACACAUCAGGGAGAAGAAACACAAAGAUUCCAAAUGCUGGUUCUGUCAAUUCUCUGUGGAUGAGAAUGAUCUGAUCAAUUGUCUACAUAAGGCAUAAGGAAGUAAGCUGUGACUACAGAGUGAGCUCAGGACCAAACUCUCUCUCACCACGCAGUGAUGGGUACAGCU